AGAGCGCUCUGUUUGCAACUGGUCUGGUCGUAAUGCUGAUUGCCAGAAAAUGACUAGUACUGGUGUGUUUCAUUUGGAUAUGCCGGAAGCUCCAAGUUAUGACGACAGUGAAGAAAAUUCUCAUGAUUAUUGCUCGACACAUGGAGGGGUAGAGGAUGAGUUUCUUGAACGUGGCCCACUUAAACCAGAUGAACUCGAUGAGAACAUUAAAACGGUUGAAAUUUGCGAAGAAACAGUGAAUCCUGGUCAACCUAAAGUCAGGCCACACGACUUUCAACUUCUGAAAGUCCUUGGGAAAGGUGGUUAUGGAAAAGUUUUCCUUGCACGCAAAAACGAUACUGGUCAAACCUAUGCGAUGAAAGUUUUAAAGAAAGCCUCGAUUGUGACGAACGCCAAGGAUACUGCACACACUAAAAGCGAGAGAAAUAUACUCGAAAUGAUUAAACAUCCAUUUCUAGUUCAAUUGCAUUUUGCUUUCCAAUCCCCUGGAAAGCUUUACCUAGUCUUGGAAUUUCUAGCUGGAGGUGAGCUGUUCAUGCAACUUGAGAAAGAGGGAGUGUUUAUGGAAGAUCAAGCCAGCUUUUAUUUGGCGGAAAUAACUCUUGCCAUUGGUCAUCUUCAUUCGAUGGGGAUUGUUUAUCGAGAUUUGAAACCCGAAAAUGUACUUUUAGACCAUCAAGGUCAUGUUAAACUAACGGAUUUUGGAUUGUCUAAAGAGAGAGUCGAUCGUGAUAAUUUAACUCACACAUUCUGCGGGACUAUUGAGUACAUGGCUCCCGAAAUAUUGUUACGUCAAGGACACGGGAGAGCCGUUGAUUGGUGGAGUCUUGGCACGCUUAUGUAUGAUAUGCUUUCGGGAUCUCCUCCAUUUACAGGCGAUGAUAGAAGACAAACUAUUGACUUGAUAUUACGAGGUGAUUUCAUACCUGUACCUUAUUUAAGUCGGGAAGCCGUAUCACUUAUUUCCAAGCUUUUAGUUGUUGAUGUCAGUAGACGCCUUGGUUCUGGUCCAUCCGAUUCCGAGGCGAUUAAGAUGCACCCAUUCUUUCGUAAUACUGAUUGGGAUCGUGUUCUGAAAAAGCAGGUUGAACCACCCUUCCGACCAACUUUGACAUCUGACACGGACGUUUCUCUUUUCGAUCCCAAAUUCACUCAAGAAAAUCCCGUCGAAAGUCCGGAUGAGGGCUUGCCAAUAUCUGCAAUGGUUUCUGAUGUUUUUGAAGGAUUUACUUAUGUCGACCCCCAAAUCCAUAUUGACAUGGCUCGUGAUCCAUGGGUAUCUACUUGGCAAACCAGUUCACGCUCGCGUCGAAGGUCUGGGAUUUCAUCCAGCAGUUCUCCAGGCUUCGUUGGACAUACAAUCAUGGCAAAUCCAAAUACACUUAUGCAAGGAACUGAUAUUCUACAUGUUGGAACCCCUCACCCCGAGCAGUUGCAGUCUACAUUGGUUGCACAUCUUCCAAAUACUGUUCAAACUUCUAUCCCGACUCAAUCACAGCCGUUUGUUUUUGCUGAAGAUUUCGAGGAUAUGGACGUCGCCAGUACUAAUUUAACCUACAGCAACAACCCACUUGAUAGCCAUUCAACUGUCAUAAACACUGUCAAUAUAUCCACCAGUAAUUCUGUAAGACCUACGUAUGCUUUACCUCUUGGUUCCCAUCGCUUAGAAAAUAGUCGAGUGAUGGAAACUGGUAUUUGUGAUCCAUAUUCAUCGCGCUCGGGCGAACAUGUUAAUGGAAUAAUUCCAAAACCAAUUGACACACGUCUAGUAAGCCCAUCAAGUUCUGCUGCCGCACAGGUAUCAGCACUUGCUGCAGCAGCGCUUGCUACUUCAUCCCGUUUGGUUGGUUCUUCUGUACACAUACCUUCAAUUGCGUCUCAUAACUCUCCCAAUCGACCUUUCAUGAAUGAGCAUAUGAUGUUUGAUCCUCAAAAUAUCAGACUUAUGAAUUUGGGAAAAUCACAACCACAAACUCCAUUGGCUGCAGUAGAAAGUUUGCAUGUUCAGAGGAAAUAGUUUCUGUUCGUUGAAAGAAAAAUAAUGAAGCUGUUCAAUUUUUUCUGUGUUUCUCAGGCUUCAUAAUUUCAUUUGUAUGAACUAAGUGGAUUGGUAUGUAUUAUGAACACCUAGUUUUAUUUCAUGAGUGUUAGAAUUUUGAUGCGAAUUUUGUCAUUUUCCCUUUUCUGAUAUGCGUAUUUUGUAUGCAACUGAUAUAUUUUUUGUUGUGUGCUAUUUUCAUCCCAAACAAGCUCAUCUGUGAGUUUCUUCAUGUACAAUACCUUACACGUACUGUUCACAAGAUUCUGUUUUUGAUUCCUACCCAGGAAUAUUAUAUAUAUAUAUGAAUUGUAUUAUGACGGUUUUGUUAACAAUGUAUUUUUUUCCCAUUUCAAUAUCUGAUCUUUUCUUGAAGCAUCAUUUUUAAUCAAAUCUUGAAUAAAAAUAUUUUGGUCACAAACACGUGAGUAGUAUUCCCGGACGCAAUGCUUUACAUGGAUACACAAUUUACGUAUACUAUCUGAUAAAUUCAUUGUUAUUUUGAUCCAGUGGAUGUCUUCAUCUAGCCAACCAUAGUACAUUCAUAUUUUUACUUUCUUAUUUAUGACACUCGGUGAACUGAGUGAUUUCCUAACUAUCAGAUGUACCAAACUCUUUAUUUAGAUAUUUCUAUAUAUCUUAUUUCACUUAGAAACUGUCAAAUCGUUGGCUAAUUACCAUUUGUAACUUGAGCAAUGUUUGCAUGUUAGUGUACAUUUAUAUGAGUAUUUUAUGCGUUUUUCCUCCGCGUUGUUUUCAUUUUUGCAAUUAUUUAAUUUAUCCAUUAGUCAAACCAACAAAUGAUCAGUUAUUUGAUUUUUACAAUCAUGUAUUUAUUCAUAUGUUGGUGAUUAUCUUUUUCUCUAUCGACUCAUUAUGCAUUCCUACCUCGAUAGUUAUUUUCUCUUCUAUAAGUUUUCUUGCCAUGGUAAUUAUCUUAGUUCUUAAAAGUGUUUUACACAUCUGUAUUGAAAAUGCGAUAUUUUCGAAGCACCAUAUGUGCCUCCUUUUUUAAUUUUUGUUAUCCUGUUAAACGUCGAUUCCUUACCGGGCUGAUACUAUGUGGUUUGACUAUAUCGUUAGCCCACCAGCUUAUUCUUUGUCAUUGUUUCUGUAAUCGAAGGGUAUUUGACUUGCUACCUUUAACUUCACAGGGCUUCCUGGUAUAUUAUGAGAAUUGAUUAAUGCUUUACUAUUUAUAUCAUUUUUUCUCUAGCUAAAAUGCUUCUUCGAGUCUUGCAUUACUUAUCAAUUCGUUGACGCUGUUUUGAUAUUUUUAUUUAUGUUGAUAUGAUAUUGUUAUUGUUCAUCCCUUUGAGUGUAAAAAAUGAACCUUGUUGCCUGAAAUGAGUUAUUGUGUAAAUCGAAAAAUGGUAUUCUCUCAAUCUUUCAAUUUUUAAAAUCCCAAUUUGCUUUCAUAUGAUAUUUCACUCUCUUCCUACAAAGAUUUCUUGUAACUCUGCCGUAACUGCCUUUCAACGGUGAUUCAAAUAAAAAUACGUACUUUUUCAU